CUCAACCUCGUCGAAGCCUCCCUUGAAGACUUGCAGAAUGCAUUGGCCUCGGGGUCAUUGACCAGCGUUGAUCUGACGGCCCGCUUCCUCCGCCGCAUCAGCACAUAUGAUUGCAGAAACAUUGCCCUCAACGCUAUCCCUAUCCUGAACGAGAAUAUUUUUGAGGAGGCAGCGAGAUCGGAUGAUCGUCGUGCUUCUGGGGAGCCAGUGCGGCCCCUGGAGGGCAUCCCCUUCACUGUUAAGGACAGCUAUAAGGCUAAGGGAAUGACCGCUGCGGCGGGGUCGCCUGCGUUCAAAGAUCUUGUUGCCAAUGAAGAUGCUUUCAUAGUCAAGACAAUUCGCGACGCAGGCGCUAUUCUUGUCGGUCGCACGAAUAUGCCAGCUAUAGCUUGCGGUGGCAUGCAACGGGGCAUCUAUGGUCGCGCCGAAAAUCCAUACAACCCCGACUAUCUUGCGGCAGCCUUUGUGUCAGGGUCUUCCAACGGGUCUGCCGCCUCUACUGCUGCAUCGUUCGCUGCCUUUGGACUUGGUGCUGAGACAGUGUCAUCUGGGCGCUCGCCCGCCUCGAACAACGGCUUAGUCGCUUACACUCCCUCGAGAAGUUUCCUCUCGGUUCGGGGCAAUUGGCCCUUGUAUCCGACUUGCGACGUGCCCGUUCCACACACGCGAUCAAUAAAGGACCUGUUGGCUCUCUUGGACGUAGUCGCCGUCAAGGACCCGAUAGAGAAGGGCGAGUUUUGGCGCGAGCAAAAGUUUGUCGACAUCCAGGAGCCCUGGCAGGACAAGCCAAAAGGCUCAUUCAAGGAGAUUUCCUCCUUCAAGUCCUUGUCUGGUCUGCGAAUCGCAGUCCCCGAAAUGUUUAUCGGCGGCCCGGCACCGGAGGGUGCAAAACAAGUGGAAACAAGCCCAGCUGUUGUCGAGCUAUGGAACCAAGCACGGCAAGAUCUCGAAGCACUCGGUGCUGAAAUCGUGUUGGUUCCUGAUUUCCCUCCAAUGACGGCAUACGAGAACGAUGAACUAUUGCCGGAAGGGUGUCCUAGACGUCCAAAAGACUGGAAUGCAAUGGAGAGAGGGGCCUUAAUUGCACACGCCUGGAACGAUUUCUUGAAGGACUUCAACGACUCUACCCUUCCUGACCUUUUCGCUAUCGAUCCUUUCACUAUUUAUCCCGACUCACUUCGCACGGAACCUGAGUUGCGACAUUUCGAAACUGCCAAUGCCAUUCAAUAUCACAAGCUAGCAGAUUACCUCCGCAACACAACCUUUUUCGGAGUAGACGGCAUGGAAGAAGCCGUCAAGGCGCUAGAAGGGAUGCGUAAAGUCCUUCUCGAAGAUUGGCUCAAGGGCCUUGGCUGCGACUGCGUUGCGUUCCCUGCAGCUGGGGACGUCGGGCCAGCCAACGCGGACUCAAGCUUCGAAGGGGCAGACCUGGCGUGGAGGAAUGGCACCUAUUACAGCAACGGCAACAGGGCCAUGCGUCACUUGGGAAUUCCUUCGGUUUCGGUGCCGAUGGGACUCAUGAGCGACAAGAGGGUCCCAGUCAACUUGACAUUCGCUGGUCGAGCGUACGAUGAUGUCAAGCUACUCCAGUGGGCGAAUGCGUACGAAGUAAAAACGCACCAUCGCAUCCCUCCGCCUCACACUCCUGCUUUGGAGUCUGAUGCUAUU